AUAUAAAUCUUAUAUUUACACUGCAUAGUCAUUCGUAUAAAAUCCAUUCAUAUAGACCUAUACUUGUUGGCAACGGUAACGCUAACGACUUUAGAACAGGGUCUAUACAAUUUCCCUUUUUUUCUUAUAUUCAUUUUAAUCAGAUUGAAAAAAGUGUAUAAUCUUGAAUUAUACAACAUUUCAGAUAUCGAAUCGGAUAGUUUCUUUCUCUGAACGUAUCAUACAAGCUUUAACUACGUAGAAACAAUAAUUUAGCCUUUUGGACGGGGUGGAAGAACACAGGAAAAACUAUGCCGAAGGUAUCCGGCUUUACUUUUCCGGCUGGCAGUAAACUUUUACAGAAGAAAUGGGAGGAGAGAAAGCAAAGAAUUCAUAAUCAGAAGAUAAAUGCUAUGAAAUCUGGCGUCAACAAUUCAACACCAAAGAGAUAUCCCCAUUUGGAUUUGAGAUUGAAAAAGAUACAAAUACAAGAAGAGAAACAAGCUGAAAUUGAUCACAAUAACGAACUAUUGUUGAGAAGACUUACAAACAUUAUGAAACAUAGAGGAUUGGUUGAUAACUGGAAUGAAUAUCAACAAAAAAGUUUGAAUCAUGGUCAUAGAGAAAAACAGCAAGAAAGGAUUGCCGACGAAAAUAUGAAGAUUGCCAAAUAUUUAGAUUCGGUUCAACCUUUAUAUAAUGUUAAUAAUUGGGAACAAGACUUUCAUAAACAUGAAUAUUUUUUGGACAUGUGGAGGGAAACAACAAAAGAAUAUGACAUUUUUACACCUAGAAACAAACGGUCAAGCAGUAAUAGAUACGAUUACGAAAGUGACUUCGAAGAUGAUACUACCUCUAGGCCUAGCCGGAGUGCAGUUGAUUCAAAAGAAGGAGGGCGGGAAUCACAAGGAAAGAAAUUAAACAAAGUUAAAACUCAACAAAAGGAGUCUAUCGUGGAAAAUGACACAAAACAACUGUUCAAAGCUUGUAAAAAAUUAGCAAGGGCGGAGGAAGUUAUUGUCCGGUGUUUAAUAAGACGAACACAUGCCCAUAGAAUGCAAAUUAAGCAGAAAUUCUUUGAAAAAUUCGACUUGGACUUAGAAACUGAAUUAAAAGAUGGUACACAUGCAGAUCUACACUUUAUGGUUGAUUGUCUACUGUCAAAUAGAGACUCUAAAGAUGCAGAAAUUUUGUCAAGAGCUAUCGAAAAUAAUGAUUCGGCAACCGCAGUUGAAUAUUGCUGUUCUAGACCACCUGCUUCAAUUGCUGGAACAAAGAAAGCCCUUGUUAAAAUUAAUAAAAAGCCUCUGGAAGAUUUAAUUGAUGAGCAUAUUAAGGAUGAGGAUAGUCGAUCUUUUCUGAAAGCAUUAUUUCAGACAGAAAAAUAUGAAGAGAUUGAUAAAACUCAAGCAAAUAACGAUGCCUUAGAAUUAUUUGAAGGUGAUGAGAGGCGAUUUACAACUGGUGGGAUCUUUCAUAAAAAGGUUUCUGUAAGCUGCCUGCAUCAAUUGAGUUACAUUAUAACUUUGUAUAGAAACGUAUCCGGUGGAGAAGAUUUAACAGAGACAAUGGCUAAGGAUGCAUGCUCUCAAGAUUACAUUAAAACAGUUAAAGUAUUAGUGUCCUGUUUGUCUUCGAGCGAAAAAUAUUUCGCUGAAAGUCUUCAUAAAAUGUUAAAACCGAAUAACCCAGAACUCGUGCACUUGCUACUUAUUCGUUCAGAGAUAGAUACGCCUUCCAUACGUAAGGCUUACAGAAAGAUUUAUGGUCAAGAUUUGAUUGAAUCUAUUCUAAAAAAAUGCGGUGACAAGGCUGGCCCUUUAAUCGCGCAGAUCGCUGCGAAAGUGCCUCAGUUACCUCAAAAAUAUCCUCCAAGUAAACCUCAAAAAGAUAAGUCUCCCGGAAGAAGAGUUAAUGGCGUUCCAAUUCCUCCUCCUCCAAGAAAGGCUCCACUCAAACGGCCAGAUGUCAGCAAAGGAUCAACGGAAGAUAAUCUAGAAAAUAAUCCCUUAAGAAAGAAGGGACCAAUGAUAUCUCCCAGACGUGACGUCGCUUCGCCCACAAAGCAAGGUAGUGUUACUCCACGGAAGAAAGAUAGCAAGUCACCAAACAAGGAAAUUGAUAGAAUACAAGAUGCUAUUAAAGGCUGGGGUACAAAUGAAGAUGAUUUAAUAGAAAUUUUUGCCCGACGUAAUAAUAAACAAAGGCAAGAACUAAAGAAGCAAUAUUCAGAAAAGUAUAAAAAAGAUUUAAGCGAUGUUCUAAAAUCCGAAUUAAGCGGAGAUUUUGAAGAAUUGAUAUUAGCUCUCCUAAUGACGCCAUCCGAGUAUGAUGCGUAUUGUUUAAAUAAGGCUGUUAAAGGAUUGGGCACUGAUGAAAAUGUAUUAAUAACAAUCCUAUCAACGAGGAAUUCUAAAGAAAUUAGAGCUAUAUCUAGUGACUACAAUAAGAUAUAUAAAUCGGAUCUUUCUGAAGAUAUCGCCGAUGAUACUAGCGGAGGUUUUAAAACACUUCUUAACACUUUGUUGGUUUACGAUGGUCCAAAAGAUGGAGAAAUUGAUAUAAACGAAGCCAAAGCUAAUGCCGAAAUGCUAAUUGAGGCUGGAUUAAGUGACGCAUCACUCAUUGAGGCUUUAGCAAAGAACAGUAAAAAUCAGGCUAAAGAAAUAAUCAAUCAGUAUAAAAUACUUGCCUCCAAUGACCUUCUGGAUGAUAUCAAAACAAACCAAGAAGGUGACGAUGAAUUGAGCUUUUGUAUUUUAGUUCGAGCCAUUCAAGAUCCAGUUUUAUUGUUUACACAAAAAAUUCGUAAAUCUUUAACAACGAACGAUGACGACAUGCUUAUUCGCUUGAUAGUAUCCAGGCAAGAGAUUGACCUACCAGAGAUCAAGAAAUGUUAUCAGAAAACCUAUAGUGAAACGUUGGAGACAACAAUUGAUAAAGAAUGUAAGAAGGAUUUCAAAAACAUGCUACUGGCAAUAAUUAAAUAGCCAAAAAAA